GUGGUGUACAGUACACGAUUCUGAUAUUUUUGGGUAAAUUACUAACUUCAUUGGCUUCUGCCUAAACAGAACUACCGAAUCUAACACCUGAACAAGUUCAAGUUGAAUCUGUUUAUUUAGCUGACAAAACAUUUCAAAGUUUACAAGGUUUACGUCGGCUAAAGAUAUUCAAGACUGGUUUACUGAAAGUGCUAAAUUGAUUUCAACCGUCGCCGGAGAAAGUGUCGAAUGGAUCACUCCGAUUGGGUUACCAGUUGUGCAGUCGUACAACAAUAAUCCUUACGAAGCAAUUCGACCGAAUGCGAUUAAACAACGCAACGCAUUCCCACCAAACUUUAUUCACUCCUCGGACUCGAGCCACAUGAUGCUAACGGCGCUCUAUUGCCAACGAAAAGGCAUCACUGUUGCGUCCAUUCACGAUUGUUUCUGGACUCACCCUUGCACUGUGGCAGAAAUGAAUAAGAUCUGCCGACAACAAUUCGUCUCUCUCCACUCUCAGCCUAUUUUGGAAGAUCUUUCAAAGUUUUUGGUCUCACAGUUUGCCGUCCGAGCGAGUGGUGCCGAUGCUGACGAUGACACGCCCAAAGGACUUGCAAGACACAGAUUGAAUCAAAUUAUAAGUGAAGUGCCUAGACGCGGUAUGUUUGAUUUGCGCCUUGUUCUCGACUCGGUCUACUUCUUCUUCUUUUCCUAAACUAUAAAGGAUUAUCGGACGUGUUCGUUGGACAAAAAGUAACAACAGUUAGGAUGGUUGUAAAAUCUGUGCAUUCGUAUAAUUAGUAUUGUCUAGUCUUUUCCACAAUAAACCCGACGUGGUAGUUCCUAA